ACGUUGGAAGGGUCCAUUAGUGAUGACGUCGGUGUGUCUCGGAAGAUGUUGUAGCUAAAACUUCAGAAAUAUUACGCGUUGUGUUUGUUUUUUUAAAGUUAAUAUCAACACGUGUUUACAAAUGCGUAGUACAUAUUAUAAGCCCCAGAAUGGCACAAACUGCAAAUAUGCCAAAUUAAAAGGUUCGGGUCAGGUUAAACCAGACCCUGCUGGCUCAGACAUGCCUCAGAAACCACAGAAGAGCUCUCAGACUGCACACUACAUCGAGCUGGGAAGUUAUCAGUACUGGCCUGUACUGGUGCCCAGAGGUAUCAGGCUGUACACAUACGAGCAGAUCCCCCCGUUUCUGAGGGAGAACCCCUACAUCACAGAUGGAUACAGGGCAUACUUGCCCUCCAGGCUGUGCAUCAAAAGCCUCUUCAUCCUGUCCAAUGAGACGGUGAACAUCUGGAGCCAUCUCCUGGGCUUCCUCCUCUUCUUCUGUCUUGGGGUGUACAACAUGGCCUCGGUGCUGCCGGCUGUUGGCGCCUCCAGAGAGGAUUAUGUCAUCUACUCCAUUGGACUCUUCUGCUUUCAGCUGUGUAUGCUGUGCUCGAUGGGUUACCACCUGUUCUGCUGCCAUCGCUCAGAGAAGACCAGCCGCCGCUGGAUGGCGCUGGAUUACGCCGGUGUUUCCAUCGGCAUCCUGGGCUGCUACGUCCCCGGAGUCUUCUACACCUUCUACUGUAAUAACUACUGGCGGCAGGUGUACCUGGUGACGGUCCUCGCCAUGAUCCUGGCUGUGUUCUUCGCUCAGAUCCACCCUCAUUAUCUCAGCAAGCAGUGGAAGCAGCUGCGCUCGAUCAUCUUCUGCUCGGUGACCGGGUACGGCCUCAUCCCCACCGUCCACUGGAUCUGCCUCACGGGAGGUUUCUCCUCUGAACUCGUCCAGGCGUUUGUUCCUCGGGUCCUGGUGAUGUACUUCAUUGCAGCACUGGCUCUCAUUUUCUAUGUUUCCAAAGUUCCUGAGCGGUACUUCCCAGGUCAGCUGAACUACCUGGGCUCCAGCCAUCAGGUUUGGCACUUGCUGCUAGUGCUCAUGUUUUACUGGUGGCACCAAUCAACAGGCUUCAUCAUGGCGUACAGGCACAGUCAGCCGUGCCCCAACACCCCCCAACACGCCUAGAUCGCUGCUCAGCACGCCAGGACUGCAGCUCCGAUGAACCGUCGUCUGCAGAGACUCUGUUCUGGUCUCGGUCCAUCAGUUUCCUCACAGAUGGACUCUCUAACCUGUGAGUCUCUGUGAUGAGGGAGGAAGAAUAAAUCCAGCGUGUGACGUGACGUUUAAGGAAUUCAAGCUAAUAAGAAACAAUACGGACCUCUGCCUUGGACUGACAGCUCACCUGAAAUCACUCAGACUGUCACCUUUAUAAACUCCUUGAGGACUUAAUGUUUGUUGGUAAUGUUAGUUUUUCUGCCUGGAAAUGAACCCGUGUCCAGCUGUUUUUAAAGCUUGAAAGCUGCUUCAUCUGAGAGCAGAUUCAGGCUCGUCCCUGAAAAAGGAAAUGAACUAAUGUCAGUAUUAUUAUACUACGAGUAAACAGACUCCAGAUUUCUGACAUCUUCUUUAAAAACAGACUCUGAAGUCUUUGUUAGUGGAAAUGAUCAAAGCGUGGGGAUGAUGUUCAGACAGAACAAACCAAAGAGUUUUGUGAAAUAAAGUGCGGACUCAGUUUCAUAUAAAUGUACCCGCUCUAUUUCAUACCUGAAGCUCCGUUGUUGUUUUUUUAAGCUGCUCACUUCCUGUUCAAACUGAUGUUCAUUUAUAUGUAAAGAAUUUCACAGGAUGCUUGAAGGGGAACUUUAAAUAUUUCAGUUAUUUUAUGUUGUUCGCCUUUAUCAGUGGUAACUCUGUGGGGUGAGGGUGGCUGUGGGGAUGCUCGUAAAGUUUUAUAACUGCGUCCCAGCCGAGAGCUACAGGAAUAAGUCCUAAAACCCAGGAAGUGUUUCAGUCUUCCACCUUCGUCCAGUUCAGUUCUGUGUUUACUUCCACAUAAUAAAAGAUGGGCGUAGCUUCCUGGCCCGCUGUCCUGACCUCAGUCUGGUCAUAAUGAAUAAAAUGUGACGUCAGGUUUGGGUCGUCGUAAAAAGACGUCAGCGAUGGCCACUUGAGCUAUAAGGAAACCUUCACCAUCCCUGCAGCGCUAUGAACGUCGAUUUGUUACUACAAACUGUUUUUUGAGCAUUUGAACAAUCAAACUUAAGUUCUAAAACCCUAAAACAUCAGAUUUUGUAAUUAAGCUGGGACAGUUUUUAGAUUCACGUGAUUUAAACAUUUCACAUGAACUGCAUUAAUAUUUCUGUGUAGCGUGCGGCUCUGAGAUCGACUGUAAACUCUGAUCACG